AUGGCACCGUACGAGGCCUUAUAUGGGAGUCGAUGUCGGUCUCCUCUUUGUUGGGACGACGUCGGAGAACGCCGGUUGAUCGGGCCAGACUUAGUGGAGGAUGUGGAGGCGAAGAUUCGCAUUGCGAGAGAGCGGCUUCUGACUGCACAGAGUCGACAGAGGAGCUACGCGGAUCAGCGGAGGCGUGACCUGGAGUUUCAGGUCGGUGAGCAUGUGUUGCUCAAGGUGUCGCCAUCCAGGGGGAUCAAGCGGUUCGGUUUGCGGAACAAACUCAGUCCACGGUUCGUGGGACCGUUUGAGAUCCUAGAGCGCAUCAGUCCGGUAGCGUAUAGAUUGGCUCUUCCUCCAAGUCUCGCCCGUGUGCACAAUGUCUUUCACGUGUCCAUGCUUCGGAAGUACAUUCCAGAUCCGUCUCACGUCAUCAGUCCGACGUCUAUUCAGCUACGGGAGGAUCUGAGCUAUGAUGAGGCUCCGUUGAGGAUUCUGGCACGUGAGGUGAAGCAACUGCGGAAGAGGAGCAUUCCGUAUGUAAAGGUUCAGUGGGCAAAUCACGAGGAGCGUGAAGCUACGUGGGAGCUGGAGUCUUCUAUGCGGGAGAGUUAUCCGCAGUUGUUUGCAAGGGAUGUUUAA